CUGAGUACCCACAUUCUAUAUUCUAACCAAUCUCUAUGAUCAAAAGAGUAGAAUAUAAAUUCAUAAAACAAGGCAUAUAUGCGACCUUAUUCCACCCCCACCUGCACACCGUAAACGCUGUCGUUUGGUAUUUUUUGUUCCGCCAUCAAAACAUCCAUACCAUAACCGCCUAGACGCUGUGGAGCUAGCUCAUCGGCAAUGGCGGAGAAACCCCAACCGCUUCAGGUCCUGUACUGCGGAGUGUGCGGGUUGCCGCCGGAGUACUGCGAAUUCGGGUCGGACUUCGAGAAAUGCAAGCCUUGGUUGAUCCGGAACGCGCCCGACGUUUACCCGGAUCUCAUCAAAGAGGGUGGCGCGAAUGACGCUGAUAAGGUAUCUGAUCAGCUUCAAUCAACUUCUAUAUCAUCCGAUGGUCCUUCGAAACCGAAAGAAGAAGUCAAGCGUCUGCCAGGUGGGAAGAUUAAGAAGAAGGUUCACAUAAGCACAGAGAGGAAGCCUUUGAUUGGUUUAUUCUUGGAUAUGGACAUUCGUCACGAAGUCAAAAUUCAUCUGCUGAUUAUUUUGGAAUGUAGAUUCUUAAGCUCCCUUAGCUUAGAGACUCAAUUAACUGUGUUACAGGAGAAGCAGGAAGUUAUCAUUGAAAAGAUGACUCGCAACAAGCGCAAAUGUAUAACCACUGUGAAAGGCCUGGAACUUUUUGGUGUUAAACUAAAUGAUGCAUCUAAGAAGCUUGGCAAAAAGUUCGCCACUGGAGCUUCUGUUGUGAAGGGUCCUACUGAGAAGGAGCAGAUUGAUGUUCAAGGAGACAUUUCCUAUGACAUAGUGGAGUUCAUCACAGAUACCUGGCCUGAUGUCCCGGAGACUGCUAUUUUCUUUAUUGAGGAUGGGAAAAAGGUUCCAGCUGCGUAGAUGUGGGAACAGACUACCUUACUGUGGGUGUGCAAACUUCACGAAAAUCGGGUCUUUCUUUGGAAAGCAUUGGGAUUAUGCCAGAAAAAUGUUUUUUCUGUUCUUAUUGAAAGCUUUGAGAUAAUGCCAUUAUGUUUUUGCUUUGGUUUGUAUAUGACCGAACGAAUUAUUUCUCUGUGGCUGUAGUUCGGGAUUGUCAUGAAGAUAUUCGCUCGAGUAAUGUGGUGGUUGCAGUGAAGUUUUUUUUUUUUUAUGCAUUCAGACAAGAUAUAAAUGUAGUAUUUUUCCUUUUCAAGGUUCAGGCUUGGCUGCUUUCUUUAAAUUUGAUGCAUCUUUCGUUCGUUUUGUUUAUGUUUGUUUGGAUUAACAUACGCAUAGAAGUUUGUCCAAAUGGGGUAUUUCCCUCAUAUGCUCACUCUUUUAUUGAUAGUUAAAAAUGUACAAGAUAGAGGUUGAAUUCUGUUUAAAAAUGAUUUGUUUUAAUUUGUUGUUCUUACCUUGUACGUGGGGACCAACAAAUUUACAAGCAUUCAAACAAAAUGUUUA